AAGUGGGGGAAAUGGCGACUUGUUUGUUCACGCGGAUCCACCUGCUAGGUGAGGUCUGUUGUCAUACAAAUGAUCGAAGUCAACAUAGCGUGGCAAAGGGUGGAGUCUGAUGACUUACCCGUAAGUGGUUCUACCUGUUCCACCUGCUCUCCUCCCCACCCCACAGCUCUCCUUCGGGUGUCAGCUGAUGAGCGGUUCCUUCCUGGCCGCCUGUCCACUAUCAGGUGCCUUACCCGUAUCCACCGGUGAAGAAGGAAGCAGCUCAACCUGUUCUCUUUCCUCCUUCCAUUUUCACCUCUUUCUCCGCACUGGAGGAGUGAGGCUGUUCGCUCUCCGUCUCCCUUCUUUUUUUUCCCCUUUUCUUUUCUUCUUUGUCUUACUUUCUUUACUCUGAGGACUGACGUUGAAAGUGGCUCCGGGAUAUUUGCUGAGUGAAACGGGAAGCCUUCGCCGCUGGGAUCACCAUGGGGUCUGAUGACUCGUACAAUUUCGUCUUUAAAGUGGUUUUGAUAGGGGAGUCCGGCGUGGGGAAGAGCAACCUCCUGUCCCGCUUCACCAAGAACGAGUUCAACCACGACAGCCGCACCACCAUUGGGGUCGAGUUCAGCACAAGGACGGUCCAGCUGGAGAACUUCACCAUCAAGGCUCAAAUCUGGGAUACGGCGGGACUGGAGCGCUACAGGGCCAUCACCUCGGCGUAUUACAGGGGAGCAGUCGGAGCGCUGCUGGUCUACGACAUUAGCAAACACCUGACCUACGAGAGUGCAGAGCGGUGGCUGAAGGAGCUGUACGACCACGCGGACCCUCACAUCGUGGUGAUGCUGGUGGGAAACAAGUCGGACCUGGAGAACCUCAGGACCGUCCCCUCGGACGAGGCCAAAGACUUCGCAGAGAAGAGAGGUCUUAUGUACAUGGAGACAUCUGCGCUGGACUCCACCAACGUUGAAGCUGCUUUUAACGAAGUUCUAACAGCGAUCCAUAAAAAAGUGGCCAGCAGAGAGGUGACCCGUGGCUCCAUCAGUGCCGUGACCCUGUCCAGCCCCAUCGGGCCGACCAGCGAGGCGAAGGAGGAGAGCAAAGGCUGCUGCAAGAGCGCCUGAGAGACUGCCGCCCCCGCCGCCCCCUCCAUUAAGAUUUCCUCUGUCUGUGUUGAGCCAACAUCACGCUCGGCCGCCAUUCAAGCCCCGGCGUGUCUUUGUUCGCACAGAGUCUGAAGAGAGAGGCACCUGCUUGACACUUGAGCAGUCAAUGUCCAAACGGAAAAGCUGUACAGUAUAAUCCAGGUGACGCAAAAAAAAAAAAAAAGAAAUUGAGUAAAAACACAUUUUGUACACGAUGUUUGUUGUUGGUGGCUGGUGUGCAAUCUCUGAAAUAUAUUGUUUGUUUCUUUUUACCUUCAUGUUUUUAUAGCUACUGCUUUUAUAAAGGAAUGCGCAGGGAUUUACUUGGAAUAAAUUAUUUAUGUUA